AUGGCGGACCGACUCGAAGAAGCACAGCUGGAGAAACUGAAGACAAGUCACACGUGGGUCAAGAUUGUGUUGGAAAUAGAAGCCACGCUGGAACACCGUAUAAGUGAUUACGAGUUCGUUGUUGACAGAUGGCCGGAUUGCAGAGCAAUGGUUGUUCGGGCGAAGCCAAAUGAUAUAAAGUUGAAGUAUCUGGAGCCGAUUGUGAACCUGUACGCCACCGACAACGAUGCACUGAGGGGCCUUCUACACAACCUGGACUGGUCAAAGGGGAAACGGUUUGAAUGUGUUGCCAGUAGGCUAGUGCCGGUUUUGACAGAAGUGAUACAACUUCACCGAGUUCCCACCUUAACACUCUCUGACGCUGUCUACCUGAAAGUCAUCCAAGAUACGCUGAAACUCAGGGCCGUUCAUGAGGGCUGUACCCUCUCAAGCCUAGGGGCAGAUCGAGCAGCCCUGGUUAAUUCGGUGUGGCCUCAACGUAAUGGAGAUGUAUCUGAAGCCUACAUCAAGCACUUAAUAACCUCACUUCCUUCCACCUGUCUUUACAACCAGGAGGGGGAGCUGUUGGGAUACGCCCUUACCUAUCACUACGGGUGUCUGGGGGUGCUGCACGUGCUGGAGGAGCACCGAAGGAAGGGGUACGGGAAGGUCGUCAUGUCUCAUCUCGCACUUCAACAUCUACAGAAAAAGAAAGAGGUGUUUGUCAUGAUACAACGUGUAAACACGCCGUCUAUUAAGAUGCAUGAAGGUAUCGGAUUUGAGGUUUUUCCAGAUAUGUCAUUUGACUGGAUAUUUUGUGAUUAG